AUGGCGGGCGAGCUCGGAGCCCGGGGAGGUGGUGACCAUGGCGGGCGAGCUCGGAGCUCGGGAUGGCGGCAGCCACGGCGGGCGCGGGGAUGUGGCGACCAUGGUGGGCGAGCUCGGUGGGGGAGCUCGGAGCUCGAGGAGGUGGCAGCCAUGGCGGGCGAGCUCGGAGCUCGGGAUGGCGGCAGCUACGGCGGGCGCGGGGAUGUGGCGACCAUGGUGGGAGAGCUCUCGGGGAUCGGUGGGCUCGGAGCAGCCAUGGCGACCAUGGUGGGCGAGCUCUCGGCGGGGCAGCUACGGCGGGCGUGGAUGUGGCGACCAUGGUGGGCGAGCUCUCGGGGAUGUGGCGACCUCGGUGGGGAGCUCGGAGCUCGGAGGUGGCAGCCAUGGUGGGCGAGCUCGGAGCUCUGGCAGCCAUGGCGGGGGAUGCGACCAUGGUGGGCGAGCUCUCGGGGAUGUGCGACCAUGGUGGGUGAGCUCGGAGCUCGGGCCAUGUCGGGCGAGCUCGGAGCUCAGGAUGGCGGCAGCUACGGGGGCGCGGGGAUGUGGCGACCAUGGUGGGCGAGCUCUCGGGGAUGUGGCGACCAUGGUGGGCGAGCUCGGUGGGGGAGCUCGGAGCUCGAGGAGGUGGCAGCCAUGGCGGGCGAGCUCGGAGCUCGGGAUGGCGGCAGCUACGGCGCGGGAUGUGGCGACCAUGGUGGGAUGUGUGGCGACCAUGGUGGGCGAGCUCUCGGGGAUGUGGCGACCUCGGUGGGGGAGCUCGGAGCUCGAGGAGGUGGCAGCCAUGGCGGGCGAGCUCGGAGCUCGGGAUGGCGGCAGCUACGGCGGGCGCGGGGAUGUGGCGACCAUGGUGGGAGAGCUCUCGGGGAUGUGGCGACCUCGGUGGGGGAGCUCGGAGCUCGAGGAGGUGGCAGCCAUGGUGGGCGAGCUCGGAGCUCGGAGGCUCAGCUAUGGCGGGCGCGGGGAUGGCAGCCAUGGUGGGCGAGCUCUCGGGGAUGUGGCGACCUCGGUGGGGAGCUCGGAGCUCGAGGAGGUGGCAGCCAUGGUGGGCGGCUCGGAGCGGGAUGGCGGCGCUACCGGGGCGGGGAUGUGGCGACCAUGGUGGGCGAGCUCUCGGGGAUGUGGCGACCAUGGUGGGUGAGCUCGGAGCUCGAGGAGGUGGCAGCCAUGUCGGGCGAGCUCGGAGCUCGGGAUGGCGGCAGCCACGGCGGGCGACCUAGGAGCUCGGGGAGGUGGCGGCCAUGGCGCGCGAGCUCGGAGCUCGAGGAGGUGGUGGCGGUCGGCGAUGUGCUCAAGGAUGGCUCUAGGGCGAGCGCGGGGCUGGCUCAGGGAGGUGGCGGCCAUAGCAGGCUCGGCGAUGUGCUCCGGGACGGCUCCGGGAAGAUAACGUAA